AUGCAAAUUCUUCUACUCGGUGGCCACGGCAAAGUCGCCCUCCACCUCACCCCGCUCCUCCUCAAACGCGGCUGGAACGUUACCAGCGUGAUCCGCAACCCUGAUCACGAAAGCGAGAUUCUCGCUCUAGGAAAGGGUCUCAAGGGCAAUCUCAAUGUCCUUCUCUCAAGUCUAGCGGAUGUGAAGAGUGCCGCCGAUGCCCAAAAGAUCAUUGAUACAGUUUCCCCCGACUAUGUGGUCUGGUCGGCUGGCGCCGGCGGGAAAGGUGGCCCAUCAGCCACAAUUGCCAUCGACCAAGAAGCCGCCAAACACUUCAUGACCGCCUCCUUCGCCAGCCCGGGCGUAAGCAAAUUUUUGAUGGUCUCGUAUCUAGGCAGCCGCAAGAAACAGCCAAGCUGGAUGUCGGACUCCGAAUGGGCGGGCGUGGUAAAGGUCAACACGGAGAUCCUGCCGACCUACGCGAAAGCCAAGCAAGAAGCAGACGAGUACCUGACUGCGCUGGCGGAGGUGCGGAAGCGGGAUCCCAAUGCCUCCCGGUUCCAGGCUAUCAAUCUGCGUCCUGGGACUCUGACAGAUGAGCCUGCGACGCGGAUGGUCGAUCUGGGUAUCACGCCUAAGGGUAGGGGGAGUGUUACGCGGGAGGAUGUUGCUAUUGUUGCAGAUUUGUUGCUUGCUAGGAGUGAUACGGAGGGUUGGAUUGAUCUUGUUAAUGGAGAGGAGGGGGUUGAGGGAGCUGUUGAGAGGGUUGCGAGGGAGAAGGUCGAUGCUGUUGUUGGGGAGGAUGUGGAGGGGAUGGUUAAGAGGUUUUUUCCUGAGGCUGGGUUGAAAUUCUAG